UUUAACAUUUAGAUUUAACAUUUAACUAUUUAUUUUACUUUAUAAACAUAUUGUUGACAAUUGCAUAUAAGAUCUUGUUUAUUGUGAAUUUCUGUCUUAAAUGUGAGAAAAGGGAGUUAAAUGUGAGAAAAGUGAGCUAAAUAAUCAAAAUAUAUCAGCUAUAGAAUUGUAUCUGAAAUUUUACAUUUGGCACCCCAUAGAAGCCUCGAAUGUUUCAACACCCUAAAAACCUUCUGAUGCAACUUUAAUUGUUGUCAGUCUCAUAGAGUGAGCGCCAGCUCUGCUAGGACCACAACAGGAGAAACAAGUCUAAGCCACUGUUUUGAUCAUGGCUAAUAAUUAAUGAUGUAGCGUUCGGACUAGCGUUCCUCCUAGUGCGCCCCCCCGUUGAUUUCACUUGAACGCUGCUCGGAUCAAGAAGUCGCCUCGGCCGACAGGUGGCUCGGACCCAGAGCGCAGCGGUGCAGGCUGAAGUGUGUGGCGGCUGCUGGGACCAGUCUCUGCCACGCAGGUACAGUCAUCCAGCGGGGGCGCCAGGUCCACGGAGCCGCAGCCUGCCAUGGCGAGCAACGGCAGCCAGCUGCAGGACUUCUCUGAGUCGGACUCGGAGCCGGAGGGGGGUCCUGCCCGGCCGGCGGGAGUCGAGCCCUCGAUCGGCUCUUUCGCCCGCACCCAGGUGAUCCACAGCGGACACUUCAUGGUGUCGUCGCCCCACAGCGACUCGGCGACGCGCCGCAGGAAGAGCGGCGGCUCGCUGAGAUACGACUUCGACACGGUGAACAGGACGUGGUGCCAGACGUACCGGUACCACUCCGGGAGCCUGAGCAUCGACCCCACUCUGACCCGCCUGUUCGAGUGCAUGUGCCUGGCUUACAGCGGAAAAAUAGUUUCUCCCAAAUGGAAGUCUUUCAAGGGCCUGCGCUUGCUUUGGAGGGAUAAGAUCCGCCUGAACAACGCAAUAUGGAGAGCUUGGUUCAUUCAGUAUGUGGAGAAGUGGAAGAACCCAGUGUGUGGGUUUGUCACCCCGCUGGAAGGCUCCGAGGCAGAAGCUCAUCGAAAGCCUGAAGCAAUCAUUUUGGAGGGCAGCUACUGGAAGAGAAGGAUUGAAGUGGUGAUUAAGGAGUAUCACAAGUGGAGGAUUUAUUAUAAGAAAAGGCUUCAGAAGAAGAAGGAUGAUAUUCUGUCAAUGCUGCAGGAGGGACAAACCUGCCAGGCCAUGCUGGACAGGCGGUCCAGUCAUCCCUACCAGGAGCCUGAAGUUGCCCCAGUAGAGGUUCACAUGUUUGACCUGGACUGCCUGCUAUCCGACAUCUCCGACACGCUGUUCACCAUGACGCAGAAACCCUGUCCCUGGACCAACGACCGACACAACACAUACACAAGCAAUGCCGACAUGAUCCAGCCAGGCCUGACUCCACUGCAGCCUAGCAUGGAUGAUUUCAUGGACAUACCAGAUAUCUUUCUGAACUAUCGAGGCCAGCCCACUGAGCAGAGUGGGUAUGCCGACUGUAGCUAUUUUGAGGGCCCACCCAGCACCGCUUACGCUCCUGUUCCCUCUCCUGUGGUGACAGCCCCUCAGCUACUUAUUGACACCCAGCUGGCUCAGCCCAGCCUGUCGUCUGACAGUUUACCUCAGCCUUCAACAUCCAGGCCUCGCUCAGAGCAGACAGGGGCAAGCCAGGAUUGUGGAGAGUACCAUUCAUCCAGCAUGAUGUCGGAAGCCGUGCCAUAUGGACAGCAGUCAUACCACAAUGCGUCUGCUUCUACAGCGUACAUCAGUAACACAGAUCAACCGGAUUCUGCAAGCAGUCCUUUUUUGAACCCACUGCCGUGUCACAAGUUUGGGUUCUACACAACAACGAAUGUGACCUCCAGCGUCAUCACUCAUACAGCCUCCACCAUGGGAGCCCAGGGCUCUGUGUACCAGGCUCAUACGUACUCUCCAGCAGCGGACCCAUACUCCCAGACCCACUGCCACUCUCUCAGUUACCCAGCUGCCACGUCCGGCCCAGUCCACACAGCGCUGGCUCCUGUCACAGCGACCUAUUGCCUUUCUCUUCCAGAGCAGGUGGCUGUUUCAGGCGUUAGAAGGAAACACAAGCAAAAGACAGGAGGACUGCAAACAGUUGGGUCCCCCGCUUUGCCCUCCAACCCCCAAUCCACCAGCACCAUGCCUACCAGCUGCUUGGCUAAACUGCUUUCCUCCAGCACACAUGAAAGAAAACCAACACUUGGAUUUAAUAGUACUAAUCUGAUGACAACCAAAACUCAGAGGUCAACAUCUAAGAGCUCCGUGCAGACAAGCCGGGUUGCUCAAGCUGGUGGAGUGUCCUCAGCAUUACAGCAUGGAGCCGGCUGGCCUACAGUGAUGACACCUCUUCCUGGCAACAGUGGAGCCCAUGCCAGCACCUCGAGAGGCUCAGCGGUGUCUGCUCUCCUUACCCAUGGGUCCAUCAACAGCUCCACAGCCUUGCUCAUUCCCAAAACCGAGAAGCUAUCACCUGUGCCGCUCUACGCCAUAGACAGGAGCAGCUUGAGUGUUCAAUUUACUGCUCAUCCAGGCCAAAUAUCUCCACCGAACCCUCUAGACAAGGCCUCCAAUCCUGAGUCCCCACAGUCUGGAUUUUCAGGACAAGGAAAGCUAGAAUCUACCAAGCAAACAGAGACCAGGAGGAUAACUCACAUCUCUGCGGAGCAAAAGAGACGUUUCAACAUCAAACUGGGAUUUGACACAUUACAUAACCUUGUGACAACACUCAGCUCCCAGCCAAGCAUAAAGAUCAGCAAAGCUACAACGCUGCAGAAGACAGCCGAGUACAUCAGUAAGAUGCAGCAGGAGAGAGCUCAGCUGCACGAAGAGGUUCAGAGACUCAGAGAGGAGAUCCAGCACCUGAACUCUGCCAUCAAUGCUUGCCAGCAACAGCUUCCAGCCACAGGCGUUCCUAUCACACGGCAGCGAUUUGACUACAUGAGGCAAAAGUUCAGAGAGUAUGUCCGGGCCCAAACUCUGCAAAACUGGAAGUUCUGGAUUUUCAGCAUCAUCAUUGAGCCUCUGUUUGAGUCCUAUAAUGGAAUGGUUUCCACUGCCAGCGUGGAAGACCUGUGUCGAUCCACUCUGUCCUGGUUGGACCAGCACUGUGCCUUGCCUGCGCUUAGACCCAUGGUUCUGAGUUCGCUCCGUCUCUUAAGUACGACAACAGCAAUUCUGACCGACCCAAGCCUUCUACCUGAGCAGGCCACCCUUGCAGUGACCCAGGGGGAUCCUGCUCCUGCUGUGGACCACUCCUUACAACCCAUCACGCGACAGUAGUAGCACAACCUAUGGACCAUUGAAGAAUACAACCAGAAAGGAAAUCAUGUUUAGUUAACCAACAGAAGUACGGAAAACUGCUCCGGACUUUAUUUGCACGCUUUCCGCCUGGUGUCUUAAAACACUGUUAAGAACCACAUUUAUUAUGUUUAUUAUGCUCUACUGCAAGCUUAAUAACUGCAAACAGACGUAAAAAUAAUACUUUUUAGAUCUAUUUGUCUUGUCUUUAGCUGGGAAACUGUGCUUUUUUUCCACAUCAUUUUCUACAACUCAAAUCAACAUCUAAUAGACCUCCAAUAGAAUAAAAUGUAUCCAUCUUUUUUUCUAAGGUUUUAUGUCUUUCUUUAUUUAAAAACCUGAAAAUAGAAAUAGAAUAGAAAUAAUUACAAAAAUAAUUCCUCUGGGAUAUUUUUAACAAAAAUUGUCAAUUGUCUUGUCCAAAGGUCAUGUGACAUUUGUGGCUCUAAAUGCUUAUUAUUAUUUCUUAUUAUUUUUAUAGCUGGACAUAGGGGGAAAUUGUCCUUUCAACUGUACAGGUUGUGGACCCCUGCUGUAUACCUUUGAUAGUGAAGUCUUUAAUUUAGCCUCUUUUCUUUACUUUUUCCUUAAGAGUACAUAUAUCUGAAUUUUCUCUAACUGAAGACUAAAGAUCAAUGCUCAGUUUGGAAGGUCUUGGUUAGCUUUUAACUCAUUGGAUAAGAGAGCUGGUUAAAUCUUGGCUGUCAAAAUCAGAGAACGGGGUUUCCAUUUGCAUACCUAAAUGAUACCCGGUGUGAUUAACGUCAGGUGUUUUUUUUUUAAUUUUUAAUUUUUUUAUUUUUUAUGACGGGUGUAGUGGGGCUUCAUAAACACCAGGUGGCGCUUUUAACAACAUUUAUUGGGCACCAACUGACUGGAAAACACGAUUAAUGCCAAAAAGAGCUUUCCAUGCCGCACCGCCACAACUGCAAGGUAAGGUUUGCUCUAAGACUUCAUAAUGAAUAAAACUAAUCAUAUUUUCAACAAAACUCAGCAAGAAACUUUGGGAGCAAUAGACCCAGAAAUGAUACCAACUAAAUAUUAUUGAUACUGAAAAGUUUACCAUAUACAUGUUACAUUUCAUGGGUACAUGUAACAUGCUGUACGUUAAUCUGUGCCCCAUGUGGAGCUGUCAAUUACUGUAGAAAAUGUGACUUGUAAUCUUAUACGGAUAUUGUGCGUCUUAAAAUUGUGUUUAACAUCAGUUGCAUUAUGCAGUUACUCUCAGGCUGACUUUUGCAUCUUUAAUAUUUGAUUGCUCUCCAUUCUUAAUAAAAAAUCCUGCUGACAUGA